AUGGCCUCCUCCCUCUCCGCCCGCACAGUUUUCCUCAAGCUGCAUCCCUCCGCACGCACUUUUGCCGAACGGCGCGAAGUCCUACGAGUGAUGGAGCGCUUCGGCGAAGUGACCAUGUUCAAAUCAUACAAAUACAGCCCCCGCAGCCCAACCCCAAACACCUUCCUCGUGCUCUUCGCCUCCGAGUCCGCCGCACGAGACCUGGUAAAUGCGUCUCCUGUCCGCUACCGAUUAAUCUUGAGCCCGAAUCCUUCUUCCUUUUCUCCGCCUCUCGAAUACGCGCCCCAACCACAAGCUUCCCCUCCGACCAAUACCUCAACACCGUCUGAACAGCCCUACCAACUAAUGGCAUACCCCUCCUACUUCUCGCACACACUUUACCUGCGCUCGCCCCUCCACAACCCGCUGCACGGACCCUACACCCCCAUCCCCACCAACUCCUCCUAUAUCGCCUCCUCCUUAACCCAGAACGUACCGUCUUCAAUCAUGACCUCCGGGCUGCUGGAUUGGGAGACCGAUAGUCGGUCCGGGAAGAUGGGGUUCCAUGAUCUCCGCCCCGACGAGCCAGCUAGCGGGGAUAAAGAUGGCGAGAUGGAGGGAGGGAUGGAGGGAGAUAUGGAGGAAGAUAUGGAAGGGAUAGAAGGAUACUCGAGGCGCGAAUUAGAAUCAUACAUGGGAGGGGAAUUUGGUGGAGAUAGCCUGGAAAAUGAGGGAAGCACAGCCAGGAAUGCGGGGUUUUACUUUCAAAAUCGACAGAGGAGACGCGCCGAGAAGAGUAAACCGGGCGUUAUGGGCGGGCUACGGGCUUUGAGGAGAGAGUACGAAGCGGGGGAGCAAGAGAGGGCGCUGGAGGCGGAGUGGGAACAGGGAGGCGGGUUUGCGCGUUCUGAGGUGGAUGUGAAAUGA